UUCUAUCUUAGAAAGCUGAAAAGAGUCGAAAAACAGAGUAAGAGAGAAAGGGGCGACCUGAACCAAAAAGACGAAAACAAAUUGGCAAGAAGAUUGAACAUAGUAUUUCUUGCAACUAUAGCCAUGGCGGCUAUUUUUCGGAGCUCAUCUGCAAAUACAGCUUAUGUUGUUGGGGAUGCUUUAGGUUGGGUCAGUCCUCCAGGCCCUGCAGUUUACACCACAUGGGCAGCAAACAAGACCUUCAGAGUUGGAGACACUCUUGCUAAGUAUCAGAAAGGGAAAAAAAAUCUUCGGAUAGUCGUUUCUUCUUUUAGGUUACUUUUUUUUUUUAACGAAUCAUAAUGAGGGCUGAAUAUUUGACAUGUUAAUAUGAAAUUUUGUGCAGUUUUUAAUUUUCCUAAUGGAGCAUACGACGUGGCUAGAGUCACAAGAGCGAAUUUUAAUGCUUGCUACACUGGUAGUCCCCUUCUUUUGCUUUCAAAUAGUCCCGCAAAUGUUACCUUCAACGAAACUGGGGAUCAUUAUUUCCUCUGCGCCUUCACUGGCCACUGCUAUGCUGGUCAAAAGUUGAAGAUAAACGUUAGUGCUGCAGCUUCGUCUCCUGCUCCUCAGCCUUCAACCUCUGCCCCUCAACCUUCUUCUCCUUCUCCUCAACCCACUACUUCUCCACCAGCUUCUGCUCCUCAGCCUUCUGCCCUUGCCCCAGCUCCCCAAGCUAGCAGCCCCACAGCGACUCCACCAUCCUCUCCCACACCCUCACCAUCAACGGCAACACCACCAUCCUCCAACACCACUCCGACACCUUCCACCAUCCCUUCAUCCCCAUGAUCUACCGACGGAGAUAAUAAUGCCACCCCACCAUCUGCUGGCAAGUUGGCAACAUCUCUAGGUGUUGCUGGUUUCUCCGCUACUUUCCUGUGCUUUAUUGUAGCUUUCUUCAUGCAAUUAAAAUAUAGUACUAGUAAACUAGAUUUAACGUGAGGGAGAUGGCAUUGAUUUUUCUGUGACGUCUUAUUGCUAUACAGUUUGAGAUUUUGAUUGCAAUAAAGAGAUUUUUUUGACAUUUCUGUUAUGAUUUCUGAACAUUUUGCCAAUAAUUAAUGAAGGUUUUGAAUAUUUGAGAUUGAAACGUGAUUACAAAAUUUUCAACUUCUAUAAGCAGUAAGAUA